GCCAUGCCGGAGAACGCGCUCGUGACGCUCCGCUACGGGCCUUACAGGAGCUGCGGCGUGGUGGAGCACCGCACCUUCCGCCUGCAGGGCUUGCAAGCUGUGUUACAAGAAGACGGCCACCAGGUCGUUCUUGAAGAAAUACCAGACUGGAAUGAUGUCCAGCUCAUUGUGAACGGGGAGCUUGUCUUUCAGUGUAACAUCAAUGACCUGGACUUUGGUGGUGAUGGCAAAUUGGACCCGCUUUGUGAAGAAGCUAGGAGAGAGGUGCUAAAUGCCUAUUAAGUAAGAGGCAUUGUUUUUCUUCUUUCGAUAUGUUCCAGGAUGUCCCGUUUCUCCAAUCAGCCUGUGUGUGAUCAGAUAACUUGUAUUAUGUUUAGUAAAUAAGGACUUUUCCCUCACCCCGCAAGGUUCAGUUUUGCUACCUAGUCUUCCUUCGUCACCUCAAAAGAUGGCUGGAAAUAUAUAGAAUAGGCAGAUAACUAAUAGCAGAGAUGGAAGGUGAGGGACUGACUGGUGUUUUCGGGUUGAUGAGCAUUAUGCAAGUUUCUGCCCAUCAGGA